AUGGUCAAACUUCCAGAGUACCAUACAGUUCACUUCUAUCACGACAACGAUAAUGCCUGCGCGUUGACUGCCUUGGUCAAUGGCGAAAGAUACCAUGUCAUUGCAGAUCCGAAGCGCUUGAACCAUCGGUCCAAGGCUGGCAAGAACAUAUCGAAUCGCUAUCGCAAGCUGCUAGCAAACCUGAAGGAAGCUGAGGCAGAUGAAGGCGAAGCGGCGGAUGGCACAGCACCAUUGUUUGUGACGAAGGUUGAGAACGAGGAAAGUAGCUCGGACGACAGCAAAGAUAGCGGCGUGGAUGUCAGUCCAGCGACGGAUGAGGACAACGACUCGCAUGAUGAUGGACCUUCUGGAGUCCUGAAACGAUGGAUGCUAUCACCUCUUAAGGACGUCUUUGGCAAAUCUCCCAAAGCCGAUCUCUAUGAAGGUCGUUCUGUGCAAGAUUGGUAUCACUGCCCGACCCACUUCUACGAGCUUCAUAUCGAGGACGGCAAGCUACAGGCGGAGGAAGAGACAUCGCCUCCUGCGUCUUUCACGAAACGGACGGAAGUUCUGAUACCGUCAAUGCCACUGCCAAAGUACAUUCGUGAGCUUAAGAUACCUGCGAUCAAAGCUAGCGACGUCCUGGUCGUUCGCGAAAGCUCAGAUCCACCGCCAAUACAUCCCGCGCUUGUUCGACACGAAGGGAACGACUACUUCCUGAAGGUCGUUGACAUCAAUCAAUAUCAGCCCAUGAAGCGGGAGAUCAGCGUCAUGAAACGCAUCGAAGCCGAAGGUCUGCAGAACGAAAUGAAGGUACCGCUCCUACGAGGCCUUGUCCACUUCACGACCAAGGGUUCGAACAGAAGUCCCCAUGUCAUGGGCUUCUUAAUGGAUGUCAUAGAGAACCCUACACCGCUCACACACAUGCUUGACUCGGAUGUUCCAGAAGAGAAGCGAUCAAAGUGGGCAGAAGAGAGCGCAAGAAUGGUAGAUCUGCUGCACCAGCACGGCAUCAUUUGGGGUGAUGCCAAGGGUGAUAAUCUCAUGGUUGAUGCGAAUGAUGACCUCUGGAUCAUCGACUUCGGCGGAAGUUAUACUGAAGGCUGGGUGGACCCUGAGCUGAAUGAGACCGAGGAGGGCGACGAGAUGGGUGUGAGGAGAAUAGUGAAUGGGCUCACUGAUCCAGAGAACAACACCAUCGAUCCAAGCGAUGAAGCCGAAGACGAGCAGCAGGACGAUGGAGGGGGCAAAGAUGACGCUGGAGAGCAAGGUGAAGAUGCAGCAGAUGAAGGGGACCAUCGGACCAAAAACAGCGGCGAUACGAAGGCCAGGCCAAACCAAGGGCGGUCCAGUGAUCCAAUGCGGGACGAGAAAGACAAUGACGACGACGAAGAGAUGCUUGACGACGCCGAUGUAGAAGAGACAGCUGAGAUUCGCCGCAUGCGAGUAAAGAAGGUCGAAUGCUGUGAAGACUGGGAGAACAGCUACGAAGAGUCACGGUCACGAGAUCCACUCCUCAAAACCGAGAUCAUGAAACUCGAACGCUUCGUUGACAUGAAAGGCAAGUCGUGCUACGGCUGGGGAGAAGCAUAUGGCGAUGAAGAACGGUCAUCGACGCAAUCGAAGAAGCGGUCGGCGGCUGAACAAGAUCGACCUGCGAAGCAACGCAAAAUUUCGGAAAAUGACACUGCUCGUGGUAAGGAUGAAAAAGGGUACUGCUAUUGUGAUGGACCUGAUUCCGGACGAAUGUUAGCUUGUGAUGGUAAGGACUGUAAACAGCAGUGGUUUCACUUCGAAUGCAUUGGUAUUGAGGAAGCGCCGGACAGCAAGAAAUGGUAUUGCAAAGAGUGCAGGAGUUGA